GGAGGGUUGAAGUUGACAAGUUAGAAGUAAAAAGGAAUUGAAUAUAUAUAAUAAGAAAUUUGAAGGAUUGGUUGGUAAUAAGUUCAAUUGUAUUACUGAACAGUUGCAAAAUAAGCAGCAAUGAUUCAUUUCAUUUCUUAACCAAAUACCCAGUCUGUGCGAUUAGGGUUAAAACUCAGAGAGAAAACCUAAUACAUCGUCUGUUUUCAUCGCUUUAUUCUGGAUUGCCGCUCCAUUCUUUGAUUCUAUGCAGGAAAUCUUGUAUUUGUGAACAAAUCCACUGAUCAAGACAACAGAUGGCCGGUAACGGAAUGCAUCAAUACCAUCCACAGUGGCCACCGGCCCAAGCUCCUACUGGCGCCGUCGUUGUUCCGAAUCCAUCUCCACACUCGCACCAUUCUCCCAUGUCAAUGGACAAUCGUCUCGCCGUUGACGAGGUUAGGACGAUCUUCAUAUCCGGUUUACCGGAGGACGUUAAAGAGAGAGAACUGCAGAAUCUGCUAAGAUGGUUACCCGGGUUCGAAGCUUCGCAGGUUAACUUCAAAGGAGAAGUCCCUAUGGGUUUUGCUCUUUUCUCCGCACCGCAUUUUGCUGUUGCUGCCAGAGACACCCUUCAGGAUAUGGUUUUUGAUGCUGAAUCGAAGUCAGUCUUGCACACAGAAAUGGCCAAGAAAAAUUUGUUUGUGAAACGGGGAAUAAUACCUGAUCCAAAUUCUUUUGAUCAAAGUAAACGAAUGCGGACAGGUGGCGACUAUACACACACUGGGUUCUCAAGCCCAUCCCCAUUCCAUCCUCCACCUCCACCUGUUUGGGGUCCACAUGGGUAUAUGGCCCCACCACCACCACCACCAUAUGACCCUUAUGGAGCCUAUCCUCUUUCUCAAGUACCCAUGGCUCCUCCUCCUGCUCCUGUACCUGCACCUAGCAGUUAUAUGCCAAUUCAGAACACAAAAGAUAAUCCUCCUUGUAACACCCUGUUUAUUGGAAAUCUUGGGGAGAACAUAAACGAAGAAGAACUAAGAGGACUUUUCAGUGUGCAACCUGGAUUUAAGCAGAUGAAGGUUUUGAGACAAGAAAGGCACACUGUUUGCUUUAUUGAGUUUGAGGAUGUGAAUAGUGCAACAAAUGUGCAUCAUAUGUUGCAGGGGGCUGUUAUCCCUAGUUCCACUUCUGUUGGCAUGCGAAUACAAUAUCCUUAA